CUAUUUUCAUGUAUCAAUUCUCAUCCCUAUCUUUAUCUUUCUAUCUACUGUUAAGACUAACUCCACAAAUGACAAGAACAUGACAUAACAUCCAUUACAAACCCGAGAAGAAAGGAUUCCUGCAGAAUUGGUCCCUCUACAUGGUCACUAUUAAUUAAAUUAAAAAAAUAAUUGAGAGACUACAAUAUAUGCAGGGAAGGCGCCGAAUUUCAAACCUGUGAAACAUUAAAUAGGGAGGGAGGGAGAGAGAGAGAGGAAGAGGGAGACUGAAUCCCAGUCCAAGCUUUAGCUUAUGGAGUUUUGAUAUUACAGUCGGGAGGGUUUAAUAGUAAAGCGGAAAGAUGUCUGGUACAGCGGAGGUGGAUGACCUUCCACGGGCCAACAUAAAGAGAGUGGUGAAGAAGAAGAUCGCGGAGCUCACAAAAGAUGAUCCCUCCAGAAAGGACAUUGCCAUUCAGCGGGAGGCUCUCACUGCCUUCUCUGAAAGCGCUCGCCUUUUUAUUCAUUACCUCUCUGCAACAGCAAAUGAUAUUUGCAAAGAGUCGAAGAGACAAGGAAUAAAUGCAGAAGAUGUCCUUAAGGCCCUUGAGGAAAUGGAAUUUCCAGAGCUUUUGGAACCUCUUGGAACUUCACUGAACGCUUUUAGGAAACAAAAUGCAUCAAAGAAGUCAGAGAGCAAGACAAAAAGUGCGGACCGAAAGAGGAAAUCUGAGGUUGAGUUGGAAAUGCAGAAUGGAAAUGGCCAUCAUGCUGAAGAUACCAAGGAGAUGCAGGAUAAGAUUGGUGAGGAAACCAAGGAAGAUGAGAAUGAUGAUAUUGAAGAAGACGAAUAGCUUCUAUUCACAUUUAGAAGAGUUGAUUCCUUGGUAGUUCAUGUGCUUUCGUCUUUGUUGAUUCCUUUUAUUCAGGAAUCUAAGUUUUUAAACAGUUUAAAAUUGAAAAUCCGGAUUCUUCUAGGAGCAUUAAUGCCCUCAAUAUAAUUUUCAUCCAGAAUAUUCAUCUUACUUCGUUUUUAGAACAAUGCUGAAUUCAAAAAUCUCUUUGGACUUCCUGCACAAGGUUCAGACUUUUGACUUCUUAUGUGAUGGUUGUAUUAGCAAGCCUGGAAUUUGAUGGCUUGUGGAUUGUUUUAAAGGUUUUUGACCAUGAACUAUGUUAGAUUUUCAGCAAACCAUAGAUUUCUAAUCGCCGCCCUUUACAUAACAGUACACUUUAUAAGUUGAAUUCCAUAUUCUCUGGAGGUUUUCCUUGUAGGUAAAUACUCAAUUUUAAACUUGUAGCUAUGUUUUAUUGAAUGGCAUAGAUUUACAAACCUA